AUGGCCACCACCGAGCACACACAUCUGUUGAUACACAGCGACCUCUGCGAGGAUGGUAGUACGUCGAUUAAACCCUAUGGACCUGGUGUAACACUAGCUAUGGCGCUAAAUUACGUAAUUGGCACUGGUUGUUUCGGUCUUCCUUACGCUUUCAUGGAGGGCGGCAUCUUUCUCGCAUUCACACUAAUGAUCGUAGGCGUUUUAGGCUCAAUGAUCACAAUGAAUUACACUCUUGAGUCGCUCGCUCGUGCCGAAGGAGUGUGCGCAGCCACAAACGGAGUUGCGCCAAAACAUCAGAUCACGUAUCGUAAAUUCGAGUUUGCUACCAUUGCCGAGAUGUUUGUGGGAAAUAUGGGCAAAGUCGCGGUCCAGCUCGUCAUGGGUUUGUAUUGUAUCGGCUCACUUUGGUCCUACGCUUCCGUCUUUUCAUCGUCUACUGCUUCAAUUUUCUUUAAUUAUGUAUUGAAUGAGUCCUGUGAUGUGUACGGUGUCGAUCCGUCUGCUGGCUGCUUGAACGGAUACUACGUUUUUAUGGCUAUAUUUUCUGUCCUUGUACUAUCCAUGGUGCUUAUGGACAUCAGUGAUCAAGCGCUGGUACAAAAGUUUCUAUCUGUGUAUCGUGUCGUGGCCUUUGCACUCAUGUUAGUGACCAUGACAGUCAAAGUGACUAGUGAUGGGAGUGAUGUUGUGGCUUCUCGUUACACUCUAAUUGGACCUGUGAACUGGAGAAACUUUGGCAAGGCCUUUGGACCAACAUUGCUGGCACUUAAUUGCCAGUACAAUAUGCCAGACGCGCUGCAGCCGUUAAAUCCGAAAUCUUCAGUACGCUUUGUGGCGUUUGCUGCACUUCUGCUUGCUGGGACUUGUUAUCUUCUUGUGGGUCUUCUUGGUGCGCUCUCAUUCGACACGAUAAAUCCACUUGCAACACUCAUGUGGAGUUCUUACACUGGAUGUGGCAACGGAUGGGAAGAGUGUGAGUAUUUCAAUCCGCUAGGUCUUAUUGUGCAACUUGUCAUUCUGCUUUUUCCGGUGAUAAAUGUCGUAUCGGCGUACCCGAUGGUCGGUGUAACCGUGGGUGAUAAUAUGCUCAUGUCAUUUCCGUCGCAUCUCACUGAGCGUUUUGGACGUAAAUUUACACGAAGCUUGUGCCGACUAUUGGUUGCAGCGCCGCCCAUUUUAUUUGCUGUAGUGUUCAAGCGUCUGGACUUCAUUUUCUCCAUCGCAGGAUUGUUUGGUUUCUUACUCGGGCUGACCAUUCCUUGCUGGUUUCAAGUUAUUGGAAGUCGCUACUGCCAGCAAGUGUGGGGAUUCCCAAGCGCAGCAACGACUGAAUAUACAGAGCCAAUUGUGAGCUCCAUUCCAUUCGCUAGCGGCUUCUUAGCGCUCACGUUUGUCAUCACUGCAGUUGCAAUUGGCACAUUGAGUGCAUAA